AUGGCGAAUGAAGACAAGGAGAAUGUGGCCAUUGAACCCCUCCUUGAGCCGAACCCCAGUAGGUUUGUUGUGAUGCCCAUCCAAUACCACGAUAUAUGGGAGUUCUACAAGAAGGCAGUGGCUUCCUUCUGGACCGUGGAGGAGGUUGACUUGACGAAAGAUCUCACUGACUGGGAGAGACUGAAUGAUGGUGAGCGUCACUUUAUCUCCCACGUGCUGGCUUUCUUCGCAGCCAGUGACGGAAUUGUGAACGAGAAUUUGUGCAUGAACUUCUGCCAAGAGGUUCAAAUUCCGGAAGCUCGUUGUUUNACGUGGCUGUUUAUUAGGAAUAAUGGACUGUGCUUGGAUGUGGUGAAAUGGUUGCAGUAA